AUGUCAGUGUCAUCGUCGGAUCUUAGCCUAUCAAGACCAACUCCAAUCUUCUGAUCAUUUUCGAACUUCUCACUCACGUACAGGAAUCCACCCCGCUUCGAGCCUCAAGGUUCCUACUUCGACCAAUACCCAGAUCGGAGGACACGGCUCAACAGCUACGCUGCCCCUAUUCCCACACAUUCCAAGACCCCGGCGGAGUCGACGAUCACGACACCUCGCCGCGCGGGCUCGUCGAGCAGAGGCCCCGUCAACCUCAUUCACGCUUCGGAGCUGUCCAAAACAUCUUUCACGCAUAGGUUCUCGUCGCCACCUCAGGCACCACCGGCGGAUCUCGCUCUACUGCAACGAGCUCGUCGAGGUUCAGCGAACGGUGCUUCGUCCUUCUCGAAUUCGUCGGCUGCACCGCUGUCGCUCUCCUCGCUGGAGCGGCCCAAACGACCAAUAACAUCACCUUCCGAGGCUUCGAUCUACCGAGCAUUCACUUCCGAAUCAUCUAGGCGACGAUUAUCUAGCCCCCCUCACACCACCAGACCUAUCGAUCACGACUCAAAGAAGUCCCAAGCUGCAUCCUCGGAAAAGCGAUUCCCACCGCCGAGCAGGUCGACCAACAAAGGGGUCCACGAUUCGACGAAAGCUCCCCCAGGAAACGGCAUCCCGACGACGACUUCGACAUCAACAUUGCAUCAUUUCAAGCGAAUUGACCGAGUGCCGUUUCCAAUCCUUUCAAGUAAACCGAAUAAAGCUCGGCGCACCGAGGUCAGUUGAUGUUCCAAUGUGAGGGGGCUUCCACCGCGCUCACUCUAGGGUAUACUUCUUGAUCACAGGCUAUUGCACCGGACGCAAUGUCACCACCAGCGCAGGCACCCCUCACCUUCCUCGUUCAUCCUGAUCGUCCAAAGGCAAAUCGUCCAGCAGGCGUAAAUUACCUACUUUCCGUUCCAACAACACCAAGAUCAGGGUCGACUUCAUUCUCGAGCUCUCUCGAAGGCACAGUGCAGACCGAACGAGGGGACGAUCAACAUAGCAUGACCAGCUCGACCUCGGCCAACUCCCGCCGCUUCUCCCUCAUCGCGCCGGGUUCACGCAUCGGCAAACUCUUCUCAUUGCGCUCAAUCUCGUCUCUCAGAUCGAGCCCAGCUGGAAUGACGAGCAAUACAUCCCUUUCAAACGAUCUUCCUUCAAUUCAACCUGGCCGCAAGAGCUCCACUUCAUUACGUGGUCUCUCGACUCGAGGUCUAGGCACCACAGGGGUUCACUCUGGAUCGCCUAAAUCGACCAUGAUCGACCUCUUCGCCGGUCCAGGGGUUUACGAUCCCUUACAAGGUGUUUACCGUUCAUCUUCAACCGUUUCCUCUUCGAAUGAAUCCCCAUUACUGCCCAAACCUUCUCAAUAUCCAGGCUUACCCGUUCCUCCGGACGAAUUCGGAAGCAGGGUAGCCUCGACACGAGGCGUUUCGGCUCCGCCAGAUUUGGACGGGUUGAUCGCGAAUAUGAACGGGAGAGUAAUUGGAGGAUCAAGGGGUGGGGCUUGUUCUUCAAGUAGGAAGAAGAAUCGGUCUUUGUUGAGGUCAGAAAAGGGUUCCGAUGUUGAAGCGAGCGCACGAGUAGGGGACGACGCGCGUUCGAGAGGCGAGAUCGAGCGACGAGAAUCGAUCCCCGAUAUCCCGACCCCACCUGAACUCGAGCGGGCGUUUGCACCGAUCGACCGAGAUCGGUCACCACAUCGUCAAGUCAACGACCCAAUCCCCGAGGGCCCAAUAUUUGGCGGUGUCGUACGACCCUCACCUUUACCUCGAGCGCCUUCCGCUAGGUCGAGUCAAGGGUUUUCACGCAAUUCUUCGCCUCCACGAGAAAGGUAUUCGUUCGUUGCUCCGAUGUGGAAGUCGGUGCCAGUGGAACGGCAGGAGUUCGAUCCCAAUGAAUCAGGGUUGGAUUUUCCGGCGAUCUCUUCUACUUGGGUCGAAGAUGUGUCAACCUCGACGAACGCUUCCGAACCCUCGGCUCCCGACGCUAUCACGAGAGCCCCCGAGCCAGCUGCAACACGAACGACUCCUAUCCUCUCGAUCGACGAGAUCGUUCGGCAACAUGCCGGCGCUUCGUAUUUAUCCAAACUCACAGCUUCGAUCGCAGCUUCAGCCGAACAGUCCAAGGAGGGAUCUACGAAUGACGGCACCUCGAGUCCAGCCACUACCCACGUCGGACCCAGCAACGAUGUGGAGCUCAAGCCAGGCUUAUCCAUGUGCUUGAGUCUCGCAGACCAUCUCGAAGCUCGCGAUACGGAUGAGAUAUUUUUGGACAUGACCAAGUUAUCGACCCUCAGCGCUUCAGACGAUACCCGAUCCAUCCUGUCGACCAAAUCCUCCCAAGGCCCACAGGGGCUACCACGACCGCGCCUACGCAAACUCUCGAAUCCGACCUUCCCCUCCACCUCAUCGCUCCAAAUCGAGCGUGAGCUUGCCCAAGUGCUUCGAUCUUCGAAACUCACGCGACUCAUAACCCUCCAAAGACCCCCCAACUUGGGUCUAAUAAUCUCCUACGCCGACGUGGGGAGCCCGCAAGGACACCCCGUCCUCAUUCACCUUGGCCUAGGAUGCGUUCGACACAUCAUCGCGUUGUACGAUGAGCUGGCGAGGGCGUACGACCUUCGUUUGAUCUGCGUCGAUCGAUGGGGUUUAGGAAGAUCGAGUGAAGUACCUGAUUCGAAGAGAGGUUUCGGAGCUUGGGCGUUGGUGAUGGAGGAAGUGGUGGAGAGGUUGGGAUUGGAUGAAUUUUCGAUCUUGGCGCAUUCGGCAGGUGGAUCAUUCGCAAUCGCUUCGGCUCUUUCACCGGCUUCGUCGAUCAAGGUGAAAGGUUCACUUCAUCUCCUAGCACCUUGGAUCCUUUCAACCUCUUCUUCAACUUCAAACUCGACCUCGAAUAUCGACCCCCUCUCAGGGCCUUACAAGUUACUCAAAUACGUACCGUCGGGGGUGUUGAAGACGGCGCAGUUGGCGGAAUGGAAGUUGACGGCGAGGAAAUUGGGUAAACCGCCGACGGUGCAGCAUGCUGCGAUCGGGUACGAUGCGAGGGAGGGGAAGGUGAGGUGGGUCGGAGGUAGGGGGGAGGGAAGAAUGAUGGAGGAUGAUGAGGAGGAGGGGCAAGAUGGAGUACAGGCGGAUGGUUCGACGGAUCGGGAUUCGAUUUUUUCAGGUGCUCGACCACGAAGAACGAGUACGUUCAGUCUCAAGUCGAGAUCAUGCGCCCACACCGCCUCACCUCCGUCACCCCUCUACGACGAACCGCACACACGGGAUCCCAACACCUCAUCCCAUCCCUCAUCAACGUGCCUUAUCCCACCAACCCUCUCAGGUCCCUCCUUAAUCCAAGGUCUGCUACGAGCCUCUCACGCCGAAUCGCUCCGCGGUUCCACAGCAGACUUGGCGCUCCUCCUCGGCAAUCGAUCUUCCAAAGUUCCGGCCGAAGGGACUGAACGCGUACCCGAUCCGAUGAAUCUAGCCCCUGGUAUGAAGGUCAAGAUUUGGCUGGGGGAGAAGGACGAGAGAAUUUCGUUGGGGAGUGUGAGGGGUUUGCAGGUGAGGUUGGGAGAGGGGAGGUGUGUGGUCAAAGUCGUAGAGGGGGCCGAUCAUGGGUUGAUUACGAGUGAGUUGAGGUCUGACCUCGUUUCGUCAAAGAGGAGACAGAUCUUUUGCUGAUGGUUUUCGAUUUGGGGUGGUGUGAACAGAUGCGAAAGUGAUCGGGGAGGUGUUUGAAAGUAUUGCCGAGGAGUGGAAAGUGACUUCGAGUCGAGGGACGGGAACGUGA